CGUCGGAUGAGGCGGACUGAGUUUUUUUCCAGAAACCUCCGCCGGAUCCGUUGCACUUCCGGGAGCCGCUGGAGGAGCCGGAGGAGCCGCUGGAAGAGCCGGAGGAGCCGGGGUGAUGGAGCUCCGCUGGGGGCCGGUUCUGUCCUGGGUUCUGGUCUGGGUUCUGGUGUGGUUCGGCUGGGUUCGGCUCGGGUUGGUGUCCGCGGGCUGGAGCGCGGCGGAUGGAGGCGGAUGGAUCUCGAGUGCAGAUCCCAGUCUGGACGACGGGGGGCGCUGUAACAUCCAGGUGCUGGACACUAUUUCCUACUCGGACUUUCUGGACAGGUUUGCGUUCAGUCGCCCCGUGAUCCUCAGAGGCGUCACAGACAACACGAAGUUCCAGAGACUUUGCUCGAAGCAGAACUUACUGCGAGAGUACGGAGACCGCACGGUCAGACUGAGUACUGCAAACACUUACUCCUACAGGAAAGUGGACGUGUCCUUCAGGGAGUUUGUGGAGCAGCUCCUCCGGCCUCAGAGUCUCGACGCUCUGGGAAACGACACGUUGUAUUUCUUUGGAGAUAAUAACUUGACUGAGUGGGAGGUUCUGUUGUCAGAGUACAGCCCCCCUCCCUUCACCCUCCCCCACACCACACGAGCCUACAGCUUCGGGAUCGCAGGAGCUGGAACUGGAGUCCCGUUCCACUGGCACGGCCCCGGGUUCUCUGAGGUCAUCUACGGACGCAAGCGCUGGUUCCUGUUUCCUCCAGACAAAACGCCGCACUUCCACCCCAACAGGAGCUCCCUGUCCUGGGUCACUCACACCUACCCCAGCCUGAGCCUGGAGGACGCCCCCCUGGAGUGCACCAUCCGCCCCGGAGAAGUGCUGUUCUUCCCUGACCGCUGGUGGCACGCGACCUUGAACCUGGACACGAGCGUCUUCAUCUCCACGUUCCUGGGGUGACCUUUGACCUCUGACCUCUGACCUCUGACCUCGCUCUGCCGCUACAGACAAACGUUCUGAUUUUAAUAAAACUCUUUUUAUUCUUUGA